UAAGAAAACAUGUAAAGACCCGCAUCUCCGGCAAUUCCAACUGAAGGUCAUGAGCGACAGCACUAAAAUCGUGUGUAUGGACUCAACACACAAAACCGUCAAAUAAUCAUUGAAGCCAGAUCCAAAAAACGAUAAGAGAUUCGUCUCCGCGUAUCUGUUCACUCUUUUGGUGAAAGAUGUGAAGACGCAAUUGGGUGUGCCAAUUGCGUUCAUGGUAUGCAAUUCUGAAUCAACGGAUGUUCUCAGGACCUGGCUGACUUGGGUCAAAGACGAGUGUGGCCUAAACCCAUCAAAGUUUAUGAUCGACUGCUCUGUCGUCGAGACUGAAGCUCUCAAGCAAACGUUUCGCUCGUUAGAUAUUUAUUACUGCAAGUUUCAUGUUGGUCAAGCUUGGGAGCGGAAAAUGCGGGACCUUCACAGUGUUGCAGAAAGCGAUGCCAUGCGGAAAUCACUGAACGGGAUCCUAAACGCUCUGUCGGACGAGGACCGAGGACUGAAGUGGAAGGCGUUCACAACCAAUUUUUCACCAUCUGCAGACGCUUUUAUUACCUAUCUCGAGAAAUGGAUGGAACCAACAAGACUUGCGAAAUGGGCUCUAUAUCUUCGAUCGGAUUGCCAACACAAUGAUACCAACAAUUUAGUUGAGAACUGGCACAAGACGCUGAGUCACAGUACCUGAGAAGUGAGAGGAAUCUGCGUCCAGAUGAUCUUGUGCACUUGUUGCAAGGGGUGGUGAACAUCGA